AUGGAAUUUAACAUUUCAACUGAUAUAUUUGAAGACUUAACGUAUUUGCUUUAUAAUAAAACUUUUGAUGUAAAAAUUAAAGUUGGGAAGGAAAAUGAUAUUAAAGAAUUCAGUGCACAUUCUACUAUAUUAUCUACUAGAUCAAUUCAUUUUCAAAACGCUUUAUCCAAUCAAACAAAAGAAUCCGGAUGUUUUAUUUUAGAAAAACCUAAUAUUUCACCCUCAAUAUUUAACAUUCUUUUAAAAUAUAUUUAUUCAGGAAAGUUAACAGUGAAGAAAAAUGUGAAAUGCCUUUACGUUAUAAUCGCAGCUUAUGAUUUACAAUUGCAAAACGUUGUAGAACAUCUUGAAAAUUAUUUCAAAGAAAAUGAUUCGGCUUGGAAGCUUCCUAAAGAUUUCUUUAUCAUUAGUGAACAGAGACAACUUAAACAAUUAGAAGAACAAGUAUUAAAGUUAGCAUGCACAGAUCCAAUAAUCAUAUUUAAUUGUAAAGAUUUUCCGCAACUUAAUGAAGGAUUUCUUAUUCGACUUUUAAAACGUAAUGAUCUUGAAUUGAAUGAAAUUAACAUUUUUUAUUAUUUGGUCAAAUGGGGAAUUGUGAAUACUGGUCUAACUUUAAAUAAAAAAUCAUUUUCACCAAUUUUAAUUUUUGAUAAAGAUAGAUCAAUUUUAGAUUUCGUUAUAGAUACAAGAAAGUGGACCCCAAUUGAUUUUAUGAAUUUGGAAAAAACUAUACGAAAUUGCAUUCCUCAUAUUCGAUUUUAUCAAAUGUCACUUGGUGAUUAUACGGAAGUCAAAAAUGAAUUUAAAGAUAUCCUUCCAAAUGGACUUGAUGAUGAAAUUAUGCAACAUUUCAAAGAUUCUAAUCCUUUAAUGAGAAUUCCAUCUAAUGAUAAUAUAUUACCACCAAGAGAAUCAGCUUGUCCAUUUGAUUCUAACAUCAUUAAUGCGAAAGAUGUAGCAUUGAUUGCAACUUGGAUCAAUGGAGGGAAAGGAAAAAAACAUGUGUUUCAAUUUAAAAAUAUACAUUUCAAAUUUGAAUGUGUCUAUCGUAGUAGUAUUGAUGGAUUUGACAAAUAUGAUAAUUUAUACAAAUAUAAGAGAGUUGUUAUUGUAAUUAAAGUUCGUAAUUCAGGAGAAAUUAUUGGUGUAUACAAUCCAUUUGGAUGGGAUAUUAGUUACAGUGAAUAUAUCCUGUUUAAAUUGUUUAGAGAUUUUCUAUCUCGAUAUUUUAUUUUUUCUUUAACUAAUAGGGUCAAUCCAAUUAUAAGUUAUCAUAAAGAAGGAGCUAUGUCAAAAAUAUCAAAUGAGAGACACAUUCUAUUUGGUACAUCAGAUUUAUCUAUUAAUGGUAUUUAUUGCACUAGUGAACAACACUCUUUUAAGAAAAAAAUAAUUGAUAAAGUAAGGUUUGAAAUAGAUGAAUUGGAAUUUUCUUAUAGCAAUCCUUAUAAGACAACAACUUUUAAUAAGAGAAUAGUAAUAUGUUUACCUGUACAUUUACCUGAUAAUAAUAAUGAUAAUAUGAACUUUCAGUAUAAUUACGAAGAUAAUGAUUUAAAUUUUCAGAAUAUUAAUGAUAAUGAUAAUGAAUAUGAAUCAAUUGAGGAAAAAGAAAAUGACAAUGAAUACAAUAAGGAUGAGGAGGAAGAUGAUGAUAAUGAAGAUACUAAUAAUAAAGAGAAAGGUAACGAUGAAGAAAAAGAAGAACAUAACAAUGAUGAAGAGGAACGUAAUGACAACGAAGAGAAAGCAAUACAUCAAAUUAUUAAAGCUUUGAAUGAAGACAAGAUACUGUCCUGCAAUAGUGAAUUUGCAUUGUACAUUGAUAAUUAUACAACUACGGCACUAUUUUGUUAG